AUGUACAUGUUUGAUUUAUUGCAGCCAAGAAGAAAGGAGAGAAGUGGCUAUCUCUAUAAACAAGGAGGAGUAAAACAGAAUCGUGGCUGGAGGAAAAGAUGGGUUAUAUUUGAUGGUAAAUCCCUGAGAUACUACUGCAAUGCUAAGGAUCAAGUAUCGAAGAGAAUCGUGCCAUUGUCAUGUAUGACCAAUGUUGAAAUGGAUGUCAAGGGAAAAAAGAAAAGAAAAAAUUCCCAUAAUUCAUCUGGUCAGACACCUCCAAACAACUCAAGGCAGUUCAAGUUUAAGUUACACUGUACUAACAGGGUGUUUUUGUUUGCUACUGAUAAUCUAGAUGAUUGUAAGAUGUGGUCAAAUACCUUGAUGGAAGCUAUUAUCACUUAUGAUAAACCAGAAGGAGGGGAGGAACCAGGUGGAGAUAUGGCCAACCCUGACAUUCAUGAUUGGAUAAAGAUAAAUAAGAACAGAUACAAGUUUUAUGUUGUGUUAAAGGGCCAUAAACUGUGUUACUACCAGAACGAGGAUGAUUUUAAAAUGGCGUCUCCGUUACAUGAGAUAGAUAUGAAGUUAUCGUCUGUAAAGGAAGUAGACAGGACUAAACUUCAACUUAAUACACACUAUAGUACUUUUCUGUUACAUUUUGAGAGUUCGUCCGAUGCCUCUAACUGGAAGAUGGCCAUUGAAGAAGCUAUAACUGAUGCUCUAGGGGAUAAUACUAUAUUAGACCAGGUAAAAGAAAAUCCAGAGAAUGGAAAAUGUGCAGAUUGUGGUGCUACAGAUGCACACUGGGCUUCUAUGAACCUUGGUAUUGUGUUGUGUUUACGCUGUGCUGGGAUACACAGAGGGUUCGAUCCCCGGCUGUCAAAGAUCAGAUCUCUCAGAAUGGACACUAGAGUCUGGAACUCAAGUCUUAUUGAGAUGUUUAAGGAAAUAGGUAAUGACAAUGCGAACAAUUUCUGGUUAAAGAACAUGCCUCCUAGCAACAGUAUUAACAUAGAUACAGCAUGUGAGGCAAGAAAACAACAUAUACAUUAUAAAUACAAGGAUAAACUUUACUGUGAUAAACAUCCCCUUGCUGACAAUAAAGAUUUGUUAAACAAGGAACUUGUUCAAGUGGCUCAGUCAGACAAUGUGUUACUUACCUACCAAAUACUACAGUCUGGUGCUGAUGUUUUGUACACACUGCCUGGUCAGCCAAAUUCUACAGCAUUUGAGAUGGCUAAAGAGGCUCAUCAGAGGAUACAGAUGGAAUAUCUGCUGCAAAAUGGUGGAGACAAAACUAAGAAUUUCAUGCCUGGCUCUGAGGAAGCUUUUAAUCUUGGGGAUCAGUCAUUGGUUGCAAAACUAAGAUCUGAAGUGCAGUAUCAGGGUUACCUACAUAAGACAGGAUCAAAUAUGAAAGAUAAUCUACUUGGUGCAGUAAUGCAUAAUUAUCAUGGGGAUGGUAAGUUUCUUGUGCUUCGUCCCUCAGCUUGGGAUGUUUGUCAUGGUUUUAUUUUCAUCAUUUUGUUAUUGUUACAAGCGGGUUUGGAUGCUUUGACAUGGCUUCUCUCCUUUUCAUUAUCCAACAUUUCACUUGCUUUAAUAAUUAUUUUCGUUUUAAGAAACAAAUGGAUUAAAGGUAACAACAUUAACAUCUGAAAUGAGCUAACAUUGAUUUAUAAUUUAUUAUUUUAUUCAACCAAGUUUGUGUUAUAUAUACGAAAUAGAUAUCAAUUUUGGAGUGCAUUGUUGUAGAAUAAUGCAUGGUUUGGGUUCAAAUGAGUUGGAAUAUAAGUACGAAGGGCGAUAGGCCAGAGUGAUAAUUACAUAGCAUUUGAACAAUAAACCAUGCAUUUAACACUAUAAUGCCUGAAAAAUUAAUGUCUAUUUUCAUUCUAACAUGCUUAUAAGAAAGAGAAUUGAUAAAAAUAUGUUGAACUA